UCCCUGCCGGCCCCGCGGGCGCUUCCUUCCCCCGCCGGGGCCGCUAUAAAGGGGGCGGCCGGGCGGAGCGGGCCAUGCUCAGCUCGGGGCGCCGCCGGCCGCCCCCUCCGCGGGACAUGCGGCCGCUGCUGCCGCUGCUGGUGCUGCUGCUGGGGACGGCGGCGCGGGCACAGCCGCGGGACGUGUCCCCCGCGGGCGCGCAGUGCCUGGAGCACGAGUGCUUCGCCGUGUUCUGGGCGUCCCGCUCCUUCUCCGGCGCCAGCGAGGGCUGCCAGCGGGGCGGGGGGCACCUCAUGACCGUGCGCUCCACCGUGGCCGAGGAGGCGAUCGCGCUGCUGCUCCAGAACCGCGAGGGGCGGCUCUGGCUCGGGCUGUCGCUGCAGCCCUCCUUGCCCUGCACCGACCCCAAACGGCUGCUCCGCGGCUUCAGCUGGGUCACCGGCGACCACAAAACCGAUUACACCAACUGGGCGCUGUCGGGGAAGCGCUGCGGCGAGCGCUGCGUGACCGUGUCCCGGCAGCUGAGCUGGGAGGAGCGGCGCUGCGAGGAGCCGGCCGACGGCUUCCUCUGCCAGUACAGCUACGGAGGCAGCUGUCCCCGCCUGGCCACCCAGCCCGGUGUUCCCGUCACCUACAGCACCCCUUUCGGCGCCAGCGGAGCCGACUUCCUGGCGCUGCCUCCGGGCAGCGUGGCCACCAUCGCUGACCUCGGGCUGCGGCUGCGCUGCGACGACGGGGACGGCGCGGUGCCGCGCUGGGGCCGCGACACUCCGGGAGCGUGGCCGUGCGAGCUGGGCGGCGGCGGCUGCGCGGGGACGUGCGCCGAGGAGCGCGGGCGGCCGCGCUGCUCCUGCCCCGAGGGCGCCGUGCUGGCCCCGGACGGGCGCGGGUGCCGCUCGCCGUGCGAGGGAGCGCAGUGCCAGCAUCACUGCGUGGUGGCCGAGGGCUCCUUCGUGUGCAUGUGCUCCGUCGGGUACCAGCUGGCGGCCGACGGCGUCAGCUGCGAGGACAUCGACGACUGCGCCAGCGAGCCCGGGCCGUGCGAGCAGCAGUGCGUGAACACCAAGGGCGGCUUCGAGUGCCAGUGCCACAGAGGCUACAGGAUGGUGGACGGGCACUGCCAGCGCCAGCCGCCCUGCUGGGACCUGGCGUGCCAGCAGCGCUGCGAGGAGCGGCCCGACGGCGACCGCUGCGGCUGCCACCCCGGAUACGCCGUGGACCCGCAGAAUCCCUCCCGCUGCCUCCCGUUCUGCAACACCACCGAGUGCCCAGCCCUGUGCGGCGACGACGGCUGGGACUGCGAGUGUCCCACGGGCUUCCUGCUGGACGAGGACGACAUGCUGUGCAUAGACAUGGAUGAGUGCGACAGCGGUCACUGCCAGUUCAACUGCACCAACACCCCCGGGAGCUUCCAGUGCCACUGUCCCCACGGCUACUUCCUCCAAGGCAUCGACUGCAUCGCCAUCCUGGACGGGGAGGGCGAGGAGGCGUCCUCGGGGGAUUUGGAGCUGGAGCCGCGCACGCCCGUGCCCAGCCGGCCCCCGCCGCAAGCGGAGCCGCUGCACCCCGGCGUGGUGGUGGGCAUCGCCGGCGGGGCCCUGCUGAGCGCCCUGGCCCUGGCGGCGCUGGGAUUCCACCUGGCCAGGAAGCGCUGCCGCUCCCACGGCUCCAUGGAUUACAAGUACAGCGGCCCCCACGAGAAGGAGCUGGGGCUCCAGCCCGUCCCCGCCGCACAGAAGCCGUAGGGACAGCGGGCAGGACGGACGGACACUGGACACUGGGAGGCCGAACUGGGUGACAUUUAUCCCCCGCUACCCUCUCCCCCCCCCACCUCCCUUUCGCGCCCCGGCUGGAAUUUUUGAACGAUAAUUCGGGAAAAGCUGGGAUCACAUCACUCCCAGAAAUACCCGCUGCUUCCCAGCCGGCUCUUGGAACGCCGGCGCAGGAGAGCGGGGACAGCAGAACACCCAGAGGCUGCUCCGCUCCUGCUCCUUGUUCCCGCUUCCUCGGCGUUCAGCUUUCCUUUCCCCCAGCCGGCGGUCGGGAAAACCGCAAGGAAAAAAAUCCAGGAGGGACUGCUCCAUGUGCAAGUGACUCUAAAUCCGUGGGAUGAGGGCACGGUGUGACCAAGGCGGGGACUUUGGAAGGACACCUCGACCCAAACCCCACUCCCCCCGGCUGGAUGGUGCUCCCGAGCCGGGAGGCUCCUGCUUUCCUUUGGGAUGGGGUUUGUUUGUUUUAAGCUGAGGGAAGGAGGAGCAAAGAUGUUGUGGGAAGCACUUGUCACCUUAAGCCACUGGUGACAGCAGGGACCCGGCUCGGUGUCACCAAGGUGGGACUCAAAUUCCUGAUUCCCAUUCCCUUUCCUUAUUUUUUGCGGGAUGUGGAGGUUAAACAGGGACACGAAGGCUGCUGGGGUGAAUUUUGUAGGAAAGGUUUGCGGUGCUGCAGAGCCACAUCCAUGUCCUUCCACUACUUUCUGCUGUUGUUGCCUUAAAUUCGAUUGUUGGAUUUUGGAUUUGGAUUUGACCCCUCCUACCCCACAGGGAUUUUCCCUGUUCCCUCGUGCAGAGCUGACUCUAGCCCAAGGCAAAACAUUCCCAGGGGUGGGAUUCCAGCAGCCACAGUCCUGCUCCGGCUGCUGUCCCAGCGGCCACUGGCAGCUUUAUGCCAGUGAAAUAUUAUCCCAGAGAAGUUUUGGAAGCCUGGGAUCAGAACAGGGGCGUUCUGUUCCCCCACUUUCCCCCCUCCCGCCCUAUGAACUUCCCAGCACUCAGCAUCCCCCCGGAAUGCUAAACCUUCCCUGCAAAUUCCCAGGAAAAUCAAAAUGAGGCGUUUGUAGGAAUUGUGGUUUUCCUAAAAGGUCGUUAUCCUGAAGGCUGCAUAACUGAGGGUCCUGUCCCUGGAUCCCUGGGGAUGGAUUAAAGUGAAACCAAAUGGAGCGAGGGCUGUAAGCCUGUGGAUGUGCCAGGUUUAUUUUAGGACAGUUUGGCUGCAGUGGGAGGGAGGGAGCUGUUGUGAUUAUCCAUAAUUAUCCAGAAAGAGAUAUCAAAAUAUAGAGGUGUCACUUGGGAAAAUAUCCAAGGAAGAGGAAGGGAAAGAAAGGAUAAGGUUUGAGAGUGGAAAGACUUUGCUGAGGCAUCAUCUCAUAUGCAGGAUCUGCUUCCCAUGGAUCUUUCCUUGUUGUCCAGCUCAAACCCCUGCUCAUUCCUGGGUGGAUCCCAGGUUUUGCCACCACACCCUCAAAAUCUCCUCCUCCCCUCCAAUCUCCAAUUCCCACUUCGGAGUUUUAUCUUAUCACAAAUUCCUUCCUUACCGUGAUGCAUCGGAGUCCUGAAUUCCCAGCACUCCCUGUUUUAUCCUCUCCCCCACCCCGGCCUGCUCCCCCCGGGCCCAUUUGUAAAUCCUUAUUUAUUUAUUGGAAUUUUACCCUGUCUGAUGGAAUUGUCUCAUGGAGAUCCUGUGUGGACACCAAUAAAGUUUUGCCAGUCUGGUUGAGA